AUGUGGAAAGAGGGCCUCUUGCUGUGGCUGCUGCUGGCGGCGGGCCAAGCGCAGCAGACGGAGGAGGAUGCUCUACGGCUUCACCUCACCGAACAGGCGCUUGUGCGCGAGGUUCGAAGCCAGGCCAGGCAAGUUGCUGAAAGCUCCGGCCUGGCAAAGAUUUCAGGCCCCUUGUCGGUCCUUCGCCUUUUGGAGACUCAGCUGGAAGACCUGAAGGGUCACGUCUCAGCCAAUGUGUCGAGCGGCACUGACAAUCUGUCGGACAUCCGGGAGGAGGCCGCAAGCCUGGAGUGUACCACUGACCACCUGCUGGCGAAGCUUUCCGAGGUCUUGGAGGCUCUAGAGCACGUCCUUCUGGCGAGGAACAGGACGAUCGCGUUGGAGGAUGCAGUCAGGCAGUUCGAGAACCAGAGUGACGCAGGGAGCGGCGGCCACAGCUGUGGCGAGCGCCGUCGGUUGCGGCGCCGACUGCAACAGAUUCGGCGCGAGGUUCUAGGAGCUGUGGCGGAGAAAGAGGACCUACAGAGGCUGCUCAAAACAAUGCGGGUGCACGUGGACAGGAUCCAGGAGGAGGCAAUGCAGGGCGAGCGGGCACUGAACGCAACGCGGGCCUUGGAGGAGAAGGUCAAAGACGAUGUCCUGCAAGAGGAGCGCAGCUACGAGAAGGUGCUUCAGGACCUUACGGAUCUGAACGAUGCGCGGCAUGUAAAGGUCCACCAGCGUCAGGAGGACAGUGUCCCGGGCAACAGGUCAGUCGAGUCGUCGAAUAUGUCCACGCAGUCCGUGAAGACCACAAGCGGAGACACGACUUCUGGAGGCCAAGAGCUGCGACUUCUGGCUCAGAGGGGCGAGACUUCAAAGCGUGCGAUCCCUGAUGAGUACGACGGCUUUCAGAAAGGCCGCCAAGCCACUCGAAAGCGUCCCUGCAAUCCCAGGAUUCGUGCUCUGCCUGGACAUGUAGACAGCUUCGCUACUGAUCCCGAUCUCGGCAGCGCACCCAACACGAGCGCGGAGCUGUCAAGUAGCCCAACACCCACAACCACUGCGAAGUCUUCAACAUCGACAUCUGCAACAACUACGACCACAGCAUCGACGACUGUCACAGCAACUGUGUCAGCAAACACAACAACUUCUGUGUGGGCGAACACCUCAACCACCAUGCAUUCCUCCAUUACCACCACGCAGCACUCCCUGUCAACAUCAGUACAAGUAAAUGGUACCGAACCAGAAGGCAACUUUCCCAACUUGACUGUUACCGAUGAGCCGGAUUCUGCUACCGAUGCUGCAGCGGACGACGUGCUUCCUGAGCAAGCGCCAUCGAAAACGGGGUCGCCAGCAACGACGACCGGUCCGUCGAAAACUCCGCAAGUCCACGAGGAGUCAUGGCCAGUCCGCAAUGAGGAUGGCGAGUGGGGCGUGAGAGCAGGUGCUGCGGGCACUCAGACCACCGAAACCACCACUUCUGAGCCAGCUUCAAACAUCUCGUACAAGGAGAUCGAUUGGGAGGCUGACCGCAAGCUGUGGUCAAAGCAGGAGCGACUGGCCCAGCAGCUGGCCAACCUCUCCCAGCGAUGGGAGCUUGCUAAGAACCGUUCCCGUGGUCUGCUCAAAGCACGCCUCGUGGCAGAUGAUGCUGCUCGCCAGCUGCAUGCAGCGGUAGAAAACCAUUUCAAGGCCAUACAGCUGGUCUCGACGCAGUUCAACACCACGAAGGCGAAGUUGUCGAAGCUACGUGGACGUGCCAAGAUAGCGCAUGCCGCUCUUCGCCGACAGCCGCGAUGUCGAGCAGCGGAGAAGCGUAGGAGGCGCGAGGCGCUUGAGUCAAAGGUGAAGGAGGCGGAAUCAGACCUUCAGAGACGGCGAGGGCUACUGGAGGCGCAAAACCAGCAGCUGGUAUAG